AUGGCUGUAGCCUCCCAUUCCGCUUCCAAGGGGUCCAAGAAGCGUCGCAACGGCGCCACCGUAUCCCAUACGCGGCCUAAUGACAAGGCAGUGGCCCCUUCAGCAGCUCAAGCUCCCGCUUCAGCGAACGGAAAAAAUGGCUGGAAAGAAUUGCAGAAGGCUCUAGCGGCUUCAUUAGUGGAUUACACCUUCGUUCUCGGGCUGGUUUUCGGAGGAUGUUGCUCCAAUGUAUGGUCCUACGAACAAUUGUUGAAAAUGGACGCGCAUAUAGGCACCACGCUCACAUUCUCUCAAAUGCUCUUCAUCACUGUCCAAUCACUACCGUCAUUCCUUGAUUUUGCCCAGGGCGUCCCCCGUUUGAAACCACGGCAUGUGCCUCUGAGAAAUUGGGCUAUGCAAGUUCUUGUCCUCACCUCUGGGUCUUUGAUGAACAACUGGGUCUACGCUUUCUCGGUGCCGCUCACCGUUCAGAUAGUAUUCCGUUCUGCUGGUCAGUCAGUGACAGUGACUCCCACAUUAUCAUCUUCCGCUCACUUGAAUGGGGUUCGCACAGGUCUGGCAGUAUCUAUGCUCUUCGGGUACGUGAUCAUGAACAAACGAUAUUCCCUGGCACAGAUGCUUGCGGUGGCAGUGGUCUCUGCCGGUGUCGUUCUUGCGACAUUGUUCCGGCCGUCGACACCCAAGACGUCUGAUGUCUCUGCAGAUGUUAGCAAAUACACCACUGGAGUUGUUAUGCUCGUGCUGUCGCUAUUCACGACUGCCAUCCUGGGCAUUCUUCAAGAACGUACGUACACGAAAUAUGGGCCUCAUUGGAAAGAAGGCGUGUUCUACACGCACUUGUUGUCACUCCCAAUUUUCCUAUUCUUCAUUUCCGACUUGAAGCGAGGGUUCCAAGGCUUGGCACAACCUGUCUCCAUCGCUCCUUUCCCCAAGGAAUCAUUGGGCUCGUUUACGCCGUGGAUCCCGUAUGCCGUCCUCGGGGCCAAUAUGUUCACUCAACUGGCAUGCGUAUCGGGCGUCAACCAGCUCAGCGCACGGGUCUCAUCCGUGUCAACAAGCCUCGUCCUCACAACUCGCAAGGCCAUCAGUCUAUGCUUUAGCGUGUGGUGGUUCGGCAACGGGUGGAAUGCACAGUUGGGCGUUGGCGCGGGCAUGGUCUUCCUGGGGUCGCUCCUGUACACCGUUGUCACCGCACGCAGCGCACCAGUCUCCGCUGGUGCGGUGCGGCGCUCAGUGUCUAAAUCGAAGGAGGAAUGA